GCUCAAGGGAGAAGCUGUCUCAACUCUGGGCACGCGGCCGUCCGGUGACUUUGGAAGAUGCAGAUUUUUGUCAAGACGUUGACGGGCAAGACCAUCACUUUGGAUGUGGAGGCAUCGGAUACCAUCGACAACGUGAAGGCCAAGAUUCAAGACAAGGAAGGUAUCCCUCCGGACCAGCAACGCUUGAUCUUCGCUGGCAAACAGCUGGAGGAUGGGCGAACUCUCAGCGAUUACAACAUCCAGAAGGAGUCCACCCUCCACCUGGUGUUGCGUCUCCGCGGCGGUGUCAUUGAACCCUCACUGGCGGUGCUGGCGCGAAAGUUCAAUUGUGAGAAGAUGAUUUGCCGCAAGUGCUAUGCUCGGCUGCACGCGCGCGCAGUGAACUGCCGCAAGAAGAAGUGCGGACAUUCCAAUCAGCUCCGCCCCAAGAAGAAGCUGAAGUAAGUUGCUGGCAGCCGGGCUAAAUGGCGGCAGCUAGACAGUACAGAAGCCGGAUUUGGAUCCAUGGAACUGGGAUGAACUAUGAUAUACCCAUAUGAUCUGC